AUGGCCACUGCCGUCUACCUCCCAGCGUCGGAUGCUACCCCACUCAACGAGGUCGCUGUGGGGCUCGGCUCGUCCAACGGCCAAAUGCACACACAUUCCUCUAGCCUCUCCCAACGGCUCCCCAUGACCGAACUCGACCUUCGUGACGAUCGCUACCCGGCUAUGGUCACGCCUCUGCCCACAGCUUCUUCCCAGCCUCAGUCUCCUCCCGCCGUGUCCAGAGCAGCUGUCGACGCCGGCAUGACUUCUGCCCUCCGAGCCAGCUACGACCAGACCUACGCCCCAAGUUCAACACCUCCACAAGGCUGGCUUGGGGAGAACAUCACCCAGGAGCCCGUCGACGACUGGAACCCCUCCCGAAGUACCCCUCCCGACGCCCUCCUCGAAGCCCAGUUUCGCUCCCCCGUUGAAGACGCGACUAUGUCCUCCGGUCUUCGACACAACGACUCCUAUCCCCUCGACGACGCUCCCACCAGCGGACCGCUCGACGACGCCGCCCACGCCGCCGCCCACGCAGCCAUGGUCCCCCUCCCCACCUCACCCGAACCAUUCCCCCGGCCAUCAGACCGUUGGCCAUCUGAGGAUCAGCUCGAAUCCGCCGCAACCAACGGACCUCUCUCCUCCCGCAAUGCCGGCAUGUCGCUGGGCUCCGGUGCAGUGCCCCACACACCGCUGGUAUCUCCAGGUGCGGCAUCGUCCCCACGACAUCCCUCCCUGCCUGCUGCUGGCAUCGGUGCCGCCUCGAACUCCUCCCCCCUGCCCCCCAUCGUGCCGCUGUCCGCCGGCCCCAGCUACAACCCGAGUGCGAUCCAGAUGCCCAUCUCGCAGACCCCCAGGGCGUACGCCCAGCACCCCACCUACAUCACCCCCUCGACGGCGGCCCCCAUGCAGCCCUCGUUCUCGCCCCCGCAGAUGCCGAGAGAAGAGGUAUGCGUCGAGUGCGCCAUGCGCGACCAGGACAUGGCGGACGUCGACGUCACGAGUCCUGGAGUUUGGGACCGGGAGAGCGACGUGAUGUACGAGGAGCUGUGCCGGCGCGAGGCGGAGGAGGAAAUGUCGGGCCAGACCUCGUCGGACAACCACUCGAGGCCCCGCGCGAGCGGCGGGAUGCUUUCGGAGGAGAACCUGAAGUUCUGGAUGAGCAUCAACCCCAAGGAACCGUCCUCCCGGCAGCAGACGCUCGACAUGUACGUUAAGGCGCAACGCUCGCUCCUCGAGGCCGACGCGCUGGCCCGUGCGCGGGCGCUGCGCGAGUCCCGCCUGCUGGACGAGAAGAUGCGGGACACGUUCUCGCAGCUCCGCCGGUCCGCCUACGAGCUCGGUAGCAGCCUGCAGCCCAAUGACGAGGGCGGGGCCCUGCGGAUCAAGGCGCCCCGGGUCGCGUCGCAGUCGUCCGCCGGGCCUGCACAGGGCCACUCGCGUGAAGUGACGCUGCUGGAGAACGGAAUGAUCGUCGAGCAUGUCGACAUCCGCCGGGAGGAGAAGGACAGACGGCGGGAGGAGCGGCGGGAGCGCAGCCGGGCGCGCAAGACAUCGCGGAGCUCGCGCUCGGCGGCGGAUGUCGCGUCCGUGUACUCGAUGCCGCUCGGGAGCCCGCUGCCGCCGAUGGACAGCGGUUUCUUCUCGAACGCGCGGGACUCGGCGCGCUACUCGCAGUCGUUUUCGCCCCGCCCGAGCAGCAUCACCGCAAACGGCGACCGACUCCUCCGCGCGCAAUCGCAGGCGUCGUUCUCGGACAUGAUGAGCAUGACCUCGGGCACGUCGCCGCGGCGGUCGCGCUUCUUCGGGUUCAGGAACUUGAGCUCUGCGUGGAUGAGCCGGGAUAGUGUGGGGCCGACGGGGAGCAUGAUGGAUAUGCAUGUGGCUCUGCAGCAGGAGCAGCAGUACUUUGCGGCGCACCCUUCCGCUCUUGACCUCAGCAGUCAGACUCCUACCCUCCGGGCUUCGCAGUCUGGCUCGCGUAUGGUUGCGUCCCCGGAGCCUGACAGGUCCACUACGCCUUCAACGAAGAAGAAGAGUGGGCUGAAGAAGAUCUGGAAGUUGGUCACAGGCGGCUCGAAGUCUUCAAAGACCCCCAGCCAGACUCGUUCUGCUGACAGACAUGAAGACGACAUGCCAUUGGCGCCCCCACCCCCCUUGUCCUACCUGGUUGAUCGCGAAGGUGGCGGAAACAGACGGCACGUCUCUACCCCGUCGUUGCUCUCGUCCGUCUCGCCUAACCAGUUCUCUCAAUGGGCCCCUUCUCCUCCAACUGCACCUUCCAGUGCUCUCCCCUCGCCCACCUCAUCACGCUACCUAUUCCCGAGCAACCGCUUGUGGAGGAACCGAAUGUCUGCUUUCGAUCUUGGAUCGUCGGGCGACAACUCCGAUGGUGACCAACGCGGACGGGCAACUCAAAGCUCCUCGAGGACGCUGUCGAGCCUUGGCCCAGCCACGCCAGGUAACUCACCUUCCGCCCGCCCCCAGUCUGUGGUCAUGCGUCGUGACAAGUCUCUCCCCCCGAUCCCAGGAGAAUCCGCGGUGGAGUUCCCGUCCCAUCCAAUGCCAGAUAUCCGCCCACAGACGAUGCUCUCCGGAGGUCUGGUUCCGCCCCAGGCUCCCUUCCGCACCAUGGACGCGAGAAGACAGUCGUUCGGCGGCACUGCCUCGGUUCCCCACCCGGCUGUCCAGAGCAUGCCUGGCCGAAGGGGAGCGCCGAACGUUCCCCCCUUCCUCGCAGAGGAGAAGUACGCCGAGUUUGGUGCCUCUACACCGUCACUCGCCCAGUGGGGCCCGACCCACGCCAGCAAACGGUCGCUCACCACGCCGAUGAAGCCUAAACAGCGCCGAAGCCGGUUCGGGCUCUCGUCGCUCUUCGGGAAGAAGUCCUCGGAAAUGUCCCGAGAGUCGCAAAUGUACGCGACGAACGUGUCGAACGGCUCGGUUGACUACAACCCGUACCGCACGUCGGUUUCGGAGCACCGCGACGAGCAGAGCCAGUGGACCGGCCCGGGAUCGGCACACAGCAGCAACCCGGCGCGGAUGUCGAUAGGGACAUCGAAGAACAUUGCAGCUCUCGUCGAGCAGGACCCCGAGUUCGUGGCGUAUCGGUACCCGUCGAGCGGCCAGCGGCUUGAGGUUCUCCGGUAG